AUGCUGGUUGCCGUGAGCGGGACGAAGUUUAGUGGCGCAGACGUUCUUGUGGAUCUGCUGGCCGGCGAGUUCGGGUUCGAGAGGCUCGACGCGGCGGUCGGGGUCGACGAGAUCCUACGGUACUUCACGCUGAACUACGCGAGGGACCUUGUGGUUCCCUGCGAGUCGCUGGUACUGUGCAACGCGCUCGAGAGGAGGCCGUUCUUCGUGCAUAUUUCGGUUGACGCUCCCGUAUCGCUUCGAAUUGCACGGUGUGGAAAUGGUGAUGUGAGCAAGCUCAUUGCGAUGCUCGAUGAGCACGACUUCUGUGGCGACGGCAUUGCCCUCAGGGAAAAGGCGCAAUUUAAGUACCGGGUUGUGGCCACGCAGCCGGACUCCUCUCCCGAGACGCUACAACGACGGCUCAAUGCAGCGAUGCGCGAACAACUUUCUGUGCUCAGGAACGCGAAAUUGUCCAGCCCUCUCGAGUUGAACCCGCCGCUGAGACCAGACUGGGACACAUACUUCAUGAAGCUGGCAACGUUGGCCGCUUCGCGGUCGAAUUGUAUGAAACGGCGGGUCGGGUGUGUCAUUGUGCGUGAAUGCAGAGUCAUCGCAACAGGGUACAACGGCACCCCGCGGCAUCUGACAAAUUGCUUUAACGGCGGGUGCCCCCGGUGCAACGGUGGCGGGUCUGACAACUUGCACACCUGUCUGUGUCUACACGCGGAGGAAAACGCUUUAUUGGAGGCCGGGAGGGACCGUGUGGGUGACAACGCGACGCUCUACUGUGACACAUGCCCGUGCCUCACUUGUUCUGUCAAGAUCGUGCAGACGGGAAUCAAAGAGGUCGUCUACAGUCAGUCCUACAGGAUGGAUGAACACAGCUUCAAAGUCCUGAAAGAGGGUGGCGUUCUCGUCAGACAAUUCAGUUUCUUACAAGAACCAGUCAUCGUGGAGGUCUGA